AGUUGUCGCCCUUAAAAGUAAACAAGGAAGUUUGAGCUGCUGAGAGACUAAAAUACCAUCAUAUCAUUUUUAAACGAAAUGACAUGGAGUGGGAAUAAUUAAUUCGUGAUACUUUGAGAUACGUUCAAGUUUACUUACAGUCACAUUAAGAAAAUUGUUAUAAUGGCUUCAUUGUUCGGCUCAGGUAAAAAACCCAAAGGAAAAUAUCAGGAAUUAGGGCAAGGAGCAAGUGACAGUGAUGAAUUUUCCCUCUCUGAUGAUGAAAAAGUCUUAUUUAAGAAAUCUGGAGAAAUGGAACUGAAUCUUUUCCCAGAAACUCGCAUAAAACAUGUCAAACAUGGACGUUCACGUUGUCAGUAUGUAGUGAUAGGUGGUUCUGCAUUUAUUGUUUUUAUCUCUUUGGUUGUGGUUGGCAUUGUCUCUGCCAGAUCUCAUGGAAUAAAACCAUUUACUAAACCCCAAACCUCACAACAGGAGCCUUCCGCUGUAGAAGUCACUGUCAAGGAAGGUGGAGGGUGGAAAGUUACUUUUGACAAAAUGGCUGGGGAGGGAAGUGUUCGGCUGUUGGAUGUUGAUGGAGAUGGUUUCGAUGAUAUAAUUUUUGCAAGUGCACGUGCACUCCGCCAUCCCUUUGUGCAUGAUGAUGACACUAAAAAGUUUGAUGGACUUCAUCAACUUUGUAAAUCUAAGGGAGAACCAUAUCCAUGCAUGGCCAAUGUGAUAGCCCUGAAUGGUCACGAUGGGUCACAGUUGUGGUCAAUGAAAGUGAGGUCAGAGAUAUUUGUGAUGAACUGUGAAGACUUUGAUAUCAACAAAGAUGGCAAGAAAGACUGUAUAGGAACAGGCAGAUCUGGGCAGAUAGCAGCUUUUAACCCUUACAAAGGAGAGACAAUAUGGACGUGUGAAGAUGAUGAAGUUUUCCAGGCUGAUUGGAACACUUACCAUGCUGCUGCACUACCAGACUGGGAUGGUGACGGUGUUCCCGAAGUCCUCAUAGCAAAUGGCGGUGAUACUUCAAAACAACCUGAUGAACAUGAUCGAGCUCCAGGUAGACUGGUUGUGCUGUCCGGGGCCACUGGUAAAGCAGUCAGUAAACGCUACCUGGAAAUGCCAAACAGUAAAGAAACCUACAUGAGUCCAGUCAUGUUCACACCUUUGGAAGGCGGGGCCACAUAUAUUCUGUUUGGAAGUGGUGGAGAGACUGUUGCAGGUGAUUUGAUGGGUAUAUCACUAAAGGAUUUCUGUCUCUACAUACUUGGGGAUGACGCUGAAAUAUGUACUCAGUACAGUGCUAGUGAAUACACAGAAGUAGACAAAGAUGAAAAUGGCAUUUUUGUUAUAUACAGAGGUGAGGAGAAAGGUGUGAUGGUUCCCCCAGUGGUUGUAGAUUAUGAUAGUAAUGGUGUCAAGGACAUACUGAUGACCUCAUUUGAAGGGAUUAACAAUCUGUACAGUGGGGACGAUCUUCACCUCAUCUGGACUGCAAAUUUCUCUGGAAUGGAGACUUAUGGGACACCAGCACCAGGUUAUUUCAAUGAUGACAGUUAUGUUGACUUUAUGGUAACAUGGAACCAGGGUGUGUGGAUGACAUAUGAAAGCGUGAAUGUAUAUGUGAUCAGUGGUGUUGAUGGCAGUAUACUGUGGACCCUGCAGUCAGGAUUCAUGCAGAUGAGUUCAAGUCUUAGUAUAGCUACAAGUCUGGCAUAUCACGAUGCAUUCCUGUUCAAAGUUCAAGGGCGUGACUCAAAGUUUAAAAUGACAAAGAUGGGGCUUGUCAGAUUAAACAAUACUGGAGGGAGACAGAAGCGCCACAAUGAUGAACCACCUGUCUCACGGCUACCACCAGUUGAGUGGCGCAAGAAGAAGUUUUACAGUGGCUUUAAUUGUGGUGAUGAUUUGUCGUCGUACAAGGGGGAGGUGUUUGUGAUAGACAGGAACUCAGUGAAGAACCCUGUGAAAAUUCUAGACAUCCCAGCAAAGAAACAUACAUAUGAUGCCAAUCCUAAAUGUAGUGAUAAACCAGAAAGUGGUGACUUGACAUCGUUGAUACAUGAUGGGAAUCCUGGUAACCAAGAGAACGAGCUAAACAGCUUGUCCAGUGAGUAUGAUGAUGAUACUGAUGUCCACACUGAUAAUAAUGAUGAUGGUGACCACAGUGAUGGUAACCAUAAUGAUGAUGAAGACCAAUAUGAUAGUAAAGACCAUAAUGAUGGUGAUGAUGAUGACCUCACAAAUCAUGAUAAUGUCAGUGAGAAUGAUGAUUACAAUGACCUCACUGGUGAUAACCAUAAUGAUGAUGAUAACAACUCAGAUGAUGGUGAUAAUGAAUACACAGAUCAUGGUGAUGGACCAGUAGAUACAGACAGUGCUGACAUGAACAGUGGCAGAGAAGGGUCUCCCAAUCAUAAAGACAGAAUGAAGAGGGAAGACACGAAGAGGAAGAUGUGUACUGUUGAAGAACCAGAUAAUAUGAGCUCAGGUAUAAUAGGUGAUGUGGAUGGUGAUGGUAACCUUGAUUACAUAAGUGUCACAUCUACCGUAACCAUGUUGUAUGAUCAGGAGUAUUGUCACCAGGGAAUGACAGCUGAACUUGUUGUACAAAAGGUUAGUCUAGAAAAGGGGCUGUUAGAUGGAACCUUUCAGCAAGUGCCUGUGAAAGCAGAAACUUCCAUGAAGAUGUCUGGAAUCAAUAGUCCAGCAUUAAGAGAGAAAACAUUUUUGCCAAUGUCACAGCAAAGAUGGAGUCAAUAUUUUGGAACCAAAGACAAAAAUGUCUACGGAUAGUCAUAAUGAUGAAACUGUUUUCUAUAAGAUACCUGUAAAUAUAUAUAUAUAUAUAAAGUGCCAAUUCUACUUGCAAAUUGCCAAAGGAGAAUGCUUUAUUUCAGCAUUGUUUUUGUUAAUUGUUUUGUGCACAUAAGGAAAGGCUUUCGGCACAUUUGUUCAAUCAGUAAUGAUGCUAUAUAUGAUAGAAAAAAAAACAUCAACCCAAAAAUAAAUCCAGCACCCAUUUAUUAUAUGUACAAGUGUGCCGAAUGCCUGUGCACAGAAGCACCACUUGCUCAAGCAUGGCUGGCUAGAGCUCUAGGGCAGACUUAAGCCAUUUUUGUGGACCCAGGCCAUUAACCCUUACCCUGCUAUAGAUCUAUUAUAAUAAUGAGCUUGCCCAUCUUUCAGUUUAAUUUGGACAUCAUAUAAUGAUAAGGAGUAACCUUACAAUCUCUGUGUUUGGUAGCUUGAAUAAUUCAAGCAUAUUGCUAGUCCCAAUGAGAUUUUGAGUGAUCAGUGUUUUAACGACAGUCAGCAGUAUUUAGCAGCUUCGUUUGUGAUUAUACAAAAUACAGAAAUCCUUUGGUUUCUUCCACCUUUAAUAGCUUGUUGGGUUGUUUGAUUUUUUGUAGAAAUUUGAUGUUGUGACUUGUUGUUUCAUUUUUAGCUCGACUAUUCAAAGAAUAGGGGAGCUAUCCUACUCGCCCCGGCGUCGGCGUGAGCUUGAGUGUCACACAAAUGUUAAAGUUUGCGUACCACCCCAAAUAUUUUCAAAGUCCAUGGAGAUAUUGCUUUCAUAUUUUGCAUACUUGUUUACCAUCAUGACCCCAGUCUGUAAAAAGGAGGAGGUAACUCUAUCAAGUAUUUUGACUGGAUUAUGGCCCCUUUUCGACUUAGAAUAACUGUUAAAGUUUGCGUACCACCCCAAAUAUUUUCAAAGUCCGUUGAGAUAUUGCUUUCAUAUUUUGCAUACUUGUUUACCAUCAUGACCCCAGUCUGUAAAAAGGAGGAGGUAACUCUAUCAAGCAUUUUGACUGGAUUAUGGCCCCUUUUCGACUUAGAAUAAAUGUUAAAGUUUGCGUACCACCCCAAAUAUUUUCAAAGUCCAUUGAGAUAUUGCUUUCAUAUUUUGCAUACUUGUUUACCAUCAUGACUCCAGUCUGUAAAAAGGAGGAGGUAACUCUAUUAAGCAUUUUGACUGAAUUAUGGCCCCUUUUCGACUUCGAAUAAAUGUUAAAGUUUGCGUACCACCCCAAAUAUUUUCAAAGUCCAUUGAGAUAUUGCUUUCAUAUUUUGCUUACUUGCUAACCAUCAUGACCCCAGUCUGUAAAAAGGAGGAGGCAACUCUAUUAAGCAUUUUGACUGAAUUAUGGCCCCUUUUCAACUUAGAAUAUGCUUAUUGUAAUGUUAGAAUUUUACUCAUUGCUUAUAUUAUACUAUCAAGCACUGAGAAUAGUCGAGUGCGCUGUCCACUGACAGCUCUUGUUUCUUGUUAUUUUCUCUUUUUUUGUUUUUAUAUUUUUCAAGUCUUUAGCUAGUUUUGCUUCAGGCUCAGUUUUGUAUUUACUGAGUAUUACUACAAGAAUUGACAUGUAUUUAUUUUCAAUAAAGAACAAAGUGUGCACAAUUAUUGCUUGCGGCAUAUUGGGAGUUUUAGCCUGCUUAUACAAAUUCAGAAUCAUUCUGAAUGUUAUCUGGGUGUUAAUGAUUUUCCCUGCUGUAAAACCUGAAUGUCACUAUUUGACAGUAACUGGUGGCCAAAAUUUAAACUGAAACUGGAGGGAUCAUAUUUUUUAUAUAAUUUAUAAAUGUAGCUACUAGAUAUAUUGAAAUAUUGACAGAGUUCUAAAUACCUCAUGUAAAAAAAAAUGAAAAGAAAAGACUAUUACGAAAUCAAAAGUUUUGUUAACUCGGGUUUGAUUUGUGAUAAAGUGAGUAGGUUGUCAGUGGUUUGCUGUAUAGUAUGAAAGCUAAGCUUUGAUGGUAUAUGUCAUGCAUGUUAGUUUGUAGGGAUGUGAUAUUAUUGUCCUAGUGAAUCAUUUAAAAUACAUUGUAAUUUGUUGUACAAAGAUAUUCUGUUGAUGUUUUUGUACCAUUGAAGCAUAAUGUUUUCUUGCCCAUAUUUCAAAAAAAUUAUUUUUUGUGAGUUUGCACAUCAGCCUCACAAUGGAAAAUUGCCAUUGGUCAGUUGAAAAAAGUCUCAGAAAUAGCCAGUCAGAUGCUGGCACUGUGACACGUUUCCAGACUCACCUUUAAAAGCUGUGACACUUACGUUUAUGUGGAACAUUUUAAGGCUGUUAACGAAUAUAGUUCUGAGCACAUUUUGUUCACUAGUAUCGAGUUCAUAAAAUGAAGAAAAUACAAUUAUUUAAGAAGUAAAUGUUAAAGCUCAUGCAGAUGUGUUUGUAUUACUGUGUUAUACAACUUGUGUCAGAUUUGGCAGACCCUUUGUCACAUAUUUGGUAGAACUUGUGUCACAGAUUUGGCAGAACUUGUGUCUCGGUUAUGACAGAAGAUGUGUCACAGAUAUGACUGAAUUUGUGUCACAGAUUUGGAAGAACUUGUGACAGACUUUGCAGAACUUGUGUCAGAUUUGGUGGAACUUGUGCUCACAUAUUUGUCAUAACUUACCUGAUUUGUCAGAACUUGUGUCACAGAUAAGGCAAUACCUUAGUCAGAUUUGGCAGAACUUGCAUUAGAUUUUUUGGAACUUGUGUAAGCAGCUCCAUAAAGCAGUGGAUUUUUUCCACAAGUUUUUUUUUCUAAACCACAAAAGGUUUUCUAAUAGAGUAAUUAAAGGAUUGGAAUGAUAAACUAUUCCUCUUUAUCAGCAUUAUAAAUAGCAUUGUUAAUGUUAGUCUUUAUUGUGUUUUGUUACAUUUCUUUUCAUUUACACUUGUUUAACAACGUGUUUUACUUUCUUAAACCAAGUUAAAUCAAAUUGAAUUUUUUUUUGACCAUGUUAACAUGUAUGUUUUGUUGUGAAAUAUAUGUUAUAUACUUGCUUUUCAAGCAUAUGUGAUAUUUUUUAAUUGUGUGUAUAAGUUUUGUGAUGGAAUGUAUAUUAUGUACUGGGACAAAACUUAUGGACAGUGUAACUCUGUAAUAAUCUUGUUAAAGCGGUUAUACACAAUAAAAUGUUUAUGAUUACUACAUGUAGCACAUCAUCAAAUGCUCAUUGACAGUGUAGCCCGCCCACUUAGCUCAGUAGGUAAGAGCGUUGGUCUACGGAUCGCGGGGUCGCGAGUUCGAUCCUCGGGCGGGGCGUAUGUUCUCCGUGACUAUUUGAUAAACAACAUUGUGUCUGAAAUCAUUAGUCCUCCACCUCUGAUAAUUCAUGUGGGGAAGUUGGCAGUUACUUGGGGAGAACAGGUUUGUACUGGUACAGAAUCCAGGAACACUGGUUAGGUUAACUGCCCGCCGUUAUAUGACUGAAAUACUGUUGAAAAACAGCGUUAAACCCAAAACAAACAAACAAACAAACAAUUCAUUGACAGUGUUAAAUAUAAACAGUUAAAUGCUGAUGUAAAUACUAAUUUUCAAACUCACUUAUUACAUAUCCUCACCUUAGUGCAAAAAGUCACUUACUACAUUGACAUAUGGAAGCAGUUAACCUGUUCUGGCACUGAUGUGACAGAUGAUUUUAGUUUAUAAGCAGAUUCUUUACAUAAACAUAUUUAAACAUGACUGCAAUUGCAGCUUCCACUGUUAAGCAAGAUCUGUUUUGUAAUCAGGAGAUUUUACUUUGUUCCCUUUUUUAGCCCGACUUUUCGAAGAAAAUGUAGAGCUAUUGCACUCGCCCCGGCGUCGACGUCAGUGUUGGCGUCGGCUUGCCGUUGGUUAAAGUUUUGAUAAAUUCAAAUAUCUUUGUUACUAUCAAAGCUAUUGACUUUAAACUUAAAAUAUUAUUUACUAUCAAAGUCUACACCAGGAGAAACAAUCCCCAUAACACUUGAUUUGAAUUUUGAUAGAAUUAUGCCCCUUUUUACCUGAGAAUUUUUUGUUAAAAUUUUUGAUAAAGUCAGAUAUCUCUGUUGCUAUCAAAGCUAUUGACUUGAAACUUAAAAUAGUUAUUUCCUGUUAAAGUCUACACCAGGAGACACAAUUCCCAUAACUCUGAUUUGAAUUUUGAUAGAAUUAUGCCUCUUUUUAACUUGGAAUUUUGGUUCAAGUUUUUGAUAAAGUCAAAUAUCUCUGUUACUAUCAAAGCUUUUGACUUGAAACUUAAAAUACUUAUUUACCAUCAAAGUCUGCACCAGGAGAAACAAUCCACAUAACUCUGAUUUAAAUUUUGACAGAAUUAUGCCCCUUUUUAACUUAGAAUUUUUUGUUAAAAUUUUUGAUAAAGUCAAAUAUCUCUGUUACUAUUAAAGCUUUUGACUUUAAACUCAACAUAGUUAUUUAGUAUCAAAGUCUACACCAGGAGACACAAUUCCCAUAACUCUGAUUUGAAUUUUGAUAGAGUUAUGUCCCUUUUUAACUUGGAAUUUUUUUACUGGCAAAGCUCUGAUUCAGAGUCAAGCACUGAGAAAAGUUGAGCGCGCUGUCUUACGGACAGUUCUUGUUUAUGUGUAUGUUUUCAUUGCUUGAAAGGCAUGUGAUGUUUAUUUAAGUGUAAAUUCUAGCAUUCCAUUUAUCAUAAAUGUUUUUGUAUAUGUUAUGGUAACUUGUAUCUUUUAUUUAGUGGGUGAAUUUCAUGUCAAGGUUUUAGUCUGUCAAAAAUGUGAAUUAGUGUAUAUUUUAGUUUUUACAUUUAAGUAUUACGGUUUGUGUAUUUUUAUGCCCCCAAAGGGAGGCAUAUAGUUUUUGAACCGUCUGUCAGUCUGUCGGUCUGUCAGUCUGUCCGCAAUUUUCGUGUCCGGUCCAUAUCUUUGUCAUCGAUGGAUGGAUUUUCAAAUAACUUGGCAUGAAUGUGUACCACAGUAAGACGACGUGUCGCGCGCAAGACCCAGGUCCGUAGCUCAAAGGUCAAGGUCACACUUAGACAUUAAAGGAUAGUGCAUUGAUGGGCGUGUCCGGUCCAUAUCUUUGUCAUCGAUGGAUGGAUUUUCAAAUAACUUGGCAUGAAUGUGUACCACAGUAAGACGACGUGUCACGCGCAAGACCCAGGUCUGUAGCUCAAAGGUCAAGGUCACACUUAGACGUUAAAGGUCAUUUUUCAUGAUAGUACAUUGAUGGGCGUGUCCGGUCCAUAUCUUUGUCAUUCAUGCUUGGAUUUUAAAAUAACUACGCAUGAAUGUGUGACACAGUAAGACGACGUGUCGCGCGCAAGACCCAGCUCCGUAGGUCAAAGGUCCUAAACUCUAACAUCGGCCAUAACUAUUCAUUCAAAGUGCCAUCGGGGGCAUGUGUCAUCCUAUGGAGACAGCUCUUGUUUUUUAUUUUUUUUAAUGAAAGUAAAGAAUCCAUAUUUUCAUUGUAUAAUUCUGUUAGAUCUGUCUGAAUAUAAAAUAUUUUGAAUAUUUAUUAACCUUAUUAAUGCUAGAUGUACAGGGCAAUAUACCAAACAGUUCAGACUGAUGAUACACACUUUUAAAUUUAACCCUUUAAAAUAAGAAGUGAAAGAAAGUUUUGGAUCAGUCCUACAUACAGUAUUGAAAGUGGCAACUCAAAUUAAUUUCUUUACCGAAAUUUCAUGCCGUUAAAAUGGCCAAAGGCAUUGUAUAAAUGCUGAUUUGCCAAUAAACUGAAACUGAUUAAAUGAUUUCACAGUAUAUUGUAUGAAUGAACAACAGUUCUAGGGUGAAAUAAUAUUUUGUUUUAUAAUGUAAUAUAUAAUAGUAUUUUGUUUAAUUGACAAGAAAAGCUGAUUUUCCAGAAUUAAAUGCAUCUGUUUCAGUUUGUUACAACAGAUUUGCCCUUGUUCCAGUAUGCUGUAUGAAAAUUGCAUCAGAAACUAAGGGUAUAUGCAAGACAUAUUUGCCAUUUCUGAUAAAAAUACAUACCUAGGAUGUGAAUAUUUUACUUUUCAUUAAUUUAUUUGAAUCAGGGUUGACAAUAUUACAUAUCCUUAAGUUUUCUUAACUUUAGGUUUGAUUUGUGUGAUCAUUGAUCUAGCGGUGGAGACAGACACCCAACUGGAAGAUUAUAGGUUAAACCCAAAUUGGUAUUAUGACUAUGAACCUCCAUACGACACCAGUUUUGGGUUUUCCCAGGAAGGUGACCCAAGUGAUUUGAAUAAGCUUCCAGCUUUUGUAACAAUUGCGCUAAAAUGACAUUGUAUAAACUUUACUAAAUGCUUCUCAGUUUGUGAUAAAUGUAUUUAUAAUGAAGGUUUUCCUUGGGAGCAUGCAGUGCCAUGCACCACUAAACUUCUUAUGAUUUUAUAAGAUUUAGAAGGCAGAGACAGAGUUGCCUAACCUACAAAUCCAUUAUUGGUCUUUUGUUUUACAUUUUCCUUUUCUUUUUAUAUUUUUGACAAUUUUUGUAUAUAUACAUAUCUUAAAUUCAUUGUGCCAUUGCUGAUGUUUUGUAUGUAUUUUUUUUCAAUUAAGUGUUAGUUUUUUUUUGUGCCCCCACCCAUCCAAAUUAUUUGGAGCAGGGACACUUGGAUUAUUUGCCUUCUUUAUUCUGUCUGUCCGUCCGUCCAUAUAUCUGAUUUGUGUUGUGUAUAGCUAAAAAAUAUUUUACUUAAGUCUUAAGAGUCAUAGGAUUGUUAUUCAGCAUGUCAAGCUGUGCCACUGGGGUUUUGUUUGUGAUUUCAUUCAGUCAUACCAGAGUUGUGGCCCUUGACAUAGGCAAAAAUAUGCAUAGGACAUAAAGUUUGUUUGACAUGUAUUUCAAACGGUAUUUGGCAUAGUGUCAUGAAACAUUAUAGGAAUGUUUUUCAGCAUGUGAACUUGUCCAGGCCCCGUGUUCACAAAACAUUUUUCGGUCUCAGCUGAGUUUGAGUUUGAAAUUUCAAUAACAAUUUUACUAAAGCUUCAAGACUUAAUUCCAAUUUAGACUGACCAUCAAUACUGAAAGGUCAUUUGAAAAUAGUUAUUAACUUUAAAUUUAGCUUUAAAAUUUCAUUAUCAAACUCAGCCGAGACUGAAAAUGUUUUGUGAACACGGGGCCAGCUCAGCCAGACCAAGAAUUAUGACUUGAAGGACUUGAAAGUUUGUGUUGCACGUAUUUCAAAUUGUGUUUGACCUAGGGUCAUGAAACAUUAAAGAAAUGUUGUUGGGCAUGUGAAGUUGUGCUCCUGGAAUUUUGUUUUGUCAAACCAGAGUUGAGGCCCAGCUACAUAUAAAGGAAUUUGAAUCAUGCUUAUACGUCUUUAUUGCAGUGUUUCUUGAUGAUGUUUUGUAGUAUCCUUUUCCCCCUGUCUCCUAAGGCUAACACCCUAGCCAAAGGUAAUGUGGAAGUUUACUUUGUCUUGCAUUGUCAAAGAGUAACAUAAUAUUAUGACCUUACAGUGUCGGGAAGUGAGGGCACCAGUGUCCUGUGGAUACAUAUCUACUAAUUAGUCAUUGCAUUCCAUUUACUUUUGUCAGUGAUUUUCUUUUCUGAAAUAUUUUUGAAUGUUGCUUGUUGCACUUACCUGGAAUAAAAAGCUUUAUAUUUUUCUAUA